UUUCAUUUCAGCGAAAGGAUAAAGUGUUCUGUCCAGUUUACAAGAAUGUUAAGAUAUUUAACACGAAGAACAGUUUGGGUGAGGGUAAAAAUGUUUCAAUAGAUGUUAAACUGUCAUGUCCUGUUUACAAGGAUGUUAACACAUGUCACACGAAGAAAAAUCUGGGUGGGCGUAAAAAUGAUUCACCAGAUCCACCCAAACUGCUUUACCAAGACCAGACCAUUCCAGUUCACACUGGUGAUUUGGUAGUCAUGGUCAAGUUGGAUAUAACAUUAUCAAGCAAUGACAGGUAAUUUAUAUUAACCAGGAGAACAAAAUGCAAGGAUGGUAUUUGUAGCAGCUUUUAAUGCUUCUCACAAGAAUGUAUACCAGUUGGGUAACACUGUUGACAUUGGGUUUUGUUUCUAUUGUGCUUCUUCCUGAGUGGGUAUGUCUCUGCCUUGCACAAAAUGGAGCUAGACCUGCAACUGUGAAUGUGGGUGCCCUUGUGGCCUACCAUACCACCAUUGGAAGAGUGGCUAAGAAGGCAAUUGAGUUGGCAGUGGAAGAUGUUAAUAAUGAUAAGACUGUGCUCAAUGGAACAAAACUAGUGCUCACCAUGAUGGACACCAAUUGCACUGCUUUCAUAGGCACUUCAGCAGCUUUGGAGUUGAUGAAAACAGACAAUGUUGCAAUUGUAGGGCCGCAAUCUUCUGUUAUUGCUCAUAUUGUUUCACAUAUAGCCAGUGAACUUCAUGUACCAACCCUGUCAUUUGGAGCAACAGACCCAACUCUCUCAUCAUAUCAGUAUCCUUAUUUUUUCCGCAUGACACACAGUGAUCUGCAUGGAAUGAUGGCAGUUGCAGCUGUGAUUGGUUUAUAUGGCUGGAAAGACAUUGUGGUUGCAUAUACUGAUGAUGAUUAUGGGAGAAACGGAGUAGCUGCUUUGAGUGAUGCGCUGGAAGAUGUAAGAGCUAAGAUUGUUAACAAAAUACCCUUUUCUCCUGGUGUCAGUAAAAGGGCUAUUGAAAGUGCAUUGGUGCAGUUAGCUGUGAUGGAGUCAAGGGUAUUUGUUGUGCAUAUGAAUCCAGACUCAGGUAUUAAUCUCUUCUCUGAGGCACUGUACCUUGGAAUGUUGAACAGUACCUAUGUCUGGAUAGCCACAGAUUGGCUCUCUUCCCUGUUGGACUCUUCUGGACUUGAUUAUGACACCAUGAAUUCACUCCAAGGAGUCCUUGCUAUACGUAGGCAUAUUCCAAUUUCAGAUCAGGAGCAUGCUUUUACAGUAAGGUGGAACAAUCUUUACAAAGCUAGGAGCAUUGAUUUCCACUUGAAUGCAUUUGGACUAUAUGCUUAUGAUGCAAUCUGGACAAUUGCCCGUUCAAUUGACACUUUCUUGAGCAAAGGAGGACCAGUUAAUUUCACAGGUUAUCCUCAGCUCUCCAAUGCAAGUGGAAACAAAACAGAAUUAGCAGAGUUAAAAGUGUUCGAAGGAGGUCCACAGUUGCGGAAUAUACUACUGCAAACAAAUUUCACUGGCUUAACUGGUCCUGUGAAAUUUGAUGAAACUGGAAAUUUGCUUGGAACUACUUUUCAGAUCAUCAAUAUAGUUGGAACAGGAUUUCGCAAGGUAAGUUACUGGGCAAGUCAAUCAGGCUUGUCUAUUACUCCUCCAGAACUUAGAGUUGCCAAGUCACACAACCAGCAGACUGUGGGUCAGAAAAUAAUUGAUAUAGUAUGGCCAGGUCAAAACAAACUAACGCCACGUGGGUGGGUGUUUCCUAAUAAUGGCAAGCAUCUUGUGAUUGCUGUGCCCAGAAAGGUUGGAUUUGAAGAGCUUGAGCAUCCAGUGGAAGGUAACAGCAACAUGAUGAAGGGCUUCGUUAUUGAUGUGUUUGUUGCUGCAGUGGCCUUGUUACCUUAUGCACUUCCAUACACAUUUGAACCUUUUGGAGAUGGGAAAUCAAACCCCAAUUAUGAUGAGCUUGUGCAGCGAGUUGCCUCAAAGAAAUUUGAUGCAGCAGUUGGGGACAUCUUAAUUGUGACCAAUCGGUCGAAGAUUGUGGACUUUACUCAACCUUACAUAGAAGCAGGGCUGACUGUGGUGACUCCUCUCCGGAAGGUCACUCCCAAUGGCACAUGGGCUUUUCUGCAGCCAUUCACAAUAGAAAUGUGGUGUACAACUGCAGCAUUCUUUCUUGUCAUAGGAGCUGUUGUAUGGAUUUUGGAGCAUAGAUCAAACGAUGAAUUUCGAGGACAUCCACAGAAGCAAUUUCUUACUAUUCUUUGGUUCAGCUUCUCAACAUUGUUUUUCUCUCACAGAGAAAAUGUUAUGAGCAACCUGGGGCGAGCAGUGCUUUUAAUAUGGUUGUUUGUUGUUUUGAUCAUUAAUUCCAGUUAUACCGCAAGCCUGACCUCAAUUCUCACAGUACAACAGCUUUCACCGACAGUAAAUGGGAUUGAUAGUUUAGUUCAAAGCAAUGAACCAAUUGGAUAUCAAGAAGGAACCUAUAUUAAAAGAUAUUUAUCGGAGGAGUUAAAUAUAAAUACAUCCAGACUUGUUCCUCUUAAUUCUCCAGAAGCUUAUGCUAGAGCAUUGACACUAGGACCAGGCAAACCUGGAGGGGUAGCAGCAAUUGUGGAUUCAAUGCCAAUUAUCCAGCUCUUUCUCUCAAAGCAAUGCAGUUUCACAACUGUUGGCCCAGAAUUUACCAAAUCAGGAUGGGGAUUUGCUUUCCAGAAGGAUUCCCAGUUAGCAAUUGAUAUGUCAACAGCAAUCCUUACCCUUUCUGAAAGCGGUGAGCUUCAGAGAAUUCAUGACAAAUGGUUAAGCAAAACUCGCUGUGAUACACAAGCCGCAGAAGUUGAAUCUACUCAGCUUAAACUGAAAAGUUUUUGGGGUCUUUUCUUGAUCAGCGGGGUGGCCUCCUUUGUAGCUUUCAUGGUCUAUUUGGUUCGCAUGAUCUGUCGAUUCAUUCGAAAUUAUAAAUCUCCUCCACGUUCCUGCACGUCGAGAAUUUUACAUGCGCUGCAAUCAUUUUUUGAUUUUAUAGACAAGAAAGACAAUAGUGCUAGUGAAGAAGAUUCAAAGAACAAGUCUUCAAGACUUCAGGAGAGUGUUACCCCAAGAAAUCAACAACACAUUUGGGUCGAGUCUGAAUACUGCUCUACUAAUCAAUCGAUUUCAGCUGGCGAAAAUGUAAUGUAGCACUGUUUAGUCCAUGUUGAUAUGAUGUCCUGUUCGUCAAACAAUAGCUCAAGUUAAAUUCUGAUGGCAAAUAUGAGUUUAUGAGCAGGUGGCACAUGAGACACCUCAGCUAGCAAAGGGCUUUUGUUACAGUUUUAUUUUCUUAAGAUCAUCUUAGAUAAAGGGAUAUAAAACUGUUGGGUUAGCGUCAAUUUGAAUCAAUUUAGUUCUCUGGCCUUGUACAGAAUAUUUAGUUCUGUUUGAUGUAGUGGCAAAACAGAAAUAUCAUUUAAUUAGAUAAUAUUUUUACUGCA